AUGGUUAACAAAAUAGGUCUACGGGGAGCUCUCUCCAAACUACGCAAGUCGCCUGCCCAACCUACACGUGAGCCAGAGAUUGUCCAUCCUCAAGAAAUUAUCUAUCCUCAUUUCAAGCGUCCUGUCUCAAAGGAUUCCCCCAUUUAUUCUGAAUUGAUGUUCCCUCCUACUCCUCUCCCAACUGUCCCCAUGGCGUCCGAUUCCAACCUUGAUCCUCUAGUCAUGGCUUCUACCAUUUCCCAGGCCCGCCUGAAUGCUCUGCAAUCAGGAGACGACCUGGAUUUGUUUUUCCAAAAGGGUAAGGACUGUAUUGAUGCUUACGCCCAGGCCAUCAAGGCCAUGAUGGAAGAUGCCUCUGUCCGCGUCAAGGCUGGAGAGGAUCCUCCAUUUGAAGAGAUCGAACAGAUGAAGGAGCGCUUCUUCAAAUACUGCCAGUCAAUCGUGGAGGAAGCAUUGACCCUGGUCGCACGAGCUCGAGCUGCCAGACACCCCCAGCACACCGAAGUUUCCACCAGCUCGACCGUGCCUUCGCUGGUCUCCUCAACUUCAACUUCAACUUCAACCCCGGCUUGGUAUGAGCCAGACGUGCCCUGGGACCUUGACCGACCUGAUGACAGAACAGGAUUCUCUGGCGCAUUGCUCGCGUCUAGUGGCCAGGACCGCCUUCGUCUCUACACUGUGAGCAGUGACGACUGGGUCAUGGUCCCAUCGAUCCCAUCUCCCACAUCUCCAACCAAAAUUGUGGCCCCCAACCACAUGGAUCCUGUUGAGGAAUCGAUUCAUCUCGGUGUCAUCGUGCGCAUCUUCGGCAAGGUGUACACAAUGGCGAAGAUGAUGGAGACAAUCACCAUGUAUUACGGCGCUGACCCCGACGAUUCCAAGACUGGCCUGACAUACUGGAUCACACGCAGCGAGCAAAACGUGCGCACUCCAAAGAUAGCUGUGCUCAUUGACAUUGUCGAAAACCUGUAUUACGCCCUCUAUUCCCGCCUUACCAUUGAGCUGGCCAGCAUUGAGCUCUGCGGUUCCUUCCCAAUCGACGCUCGUGCAGUACGAAUGGAGAUUCCGCACCUUAUGCCAGAGGCUGAUCAUCUCUAUCGCAUCGCACUAGCGUUCAAGGAAGUGCUGGACUCUCCCCAAAUCUGUGCAAUCCUUCGGAAAGACGUCCUCGCCUACUUCCAGCAAGCAUAUAUCGACCAGCCCAGAGAAGAGGAACGCCGCCAGUGGACCAUUGAUUACCUGGGGUAUCGUGAGUUUGCGAUGCGAACCGUCUCUUACCGACGCGGAUCCUACUGUGAGAAAUGGCGACAACUGAUUCCCUUCUUCAACUCCAUCUCAGCGGAAACCAUGACAGCACUGUCAGAGAAGUAUCUGUUCCUGACUCCAUGGCGUAUUCCGCCUGACGACAUCCCAUUCGACCACCUUCCAUGGCUCAGCCAAGACGCUGUGGGAAUGGAGGUCUGGGACACGGAUGUUGUGAACGAGAGACACUUGUCACAAAGGGCCCAAAUUAACGGUACAGGCAUGGGAGACGAGCGCAAGAAAGAGCCCAUCCCUGAUCUUUACUACCAUGUCAGACAAGGAAAGUGCAUUUGCGACUCUAUCUGCCAAUGUUCCUUGCACUGCAUCUACGAUGUGGAGCGCUACUGCCGUUGUUCGGAACGACAUGUACGCAUCAUGGCGGCCAAGCGUGGACUUGCACACAGACGGAAUAGCGGACCUACUUUCGCCGCUACUGCUUCCACAAUUGCUCGCAAGUUCUUCGAUGGCUUAGCUGAGCUCAAGCGUGACGUCAAGGACAACGUUAUCGCCAUUGAAUUGGAGAAUGCUUUCGAAUUCUUCGCUCUGUUAAUCUCCAACGAACGCGCUAUGACACCCAGUGAACGCUCCGGGAAGAGCUCCUAA